AAAGCUUCUAACAAAACCCAUUAAUAAGCAGUAGCAAUGGGUGCUAGAAUAAACCAAUCAAUUCAAAAUACACUGUUUCUCUUAAACCCUUUAUCCUCAAUCACUUCAAAAUCAAGAAUUGCAACUACCCAUUUCAAGAUUCCUCUUAAUUUCCAUAAAAAUUCAAUCUUUUCUGCUUCUAAAUCAAGAAAAUCCAGUUUUUGCAGCUGCACAAUUAGCAAUGGCAAUGAUAAAAAUGAAGCAGAAACAUUUGUUCUGACUACUCCUCUUUAUUAUGUCAAUGCUCCUCCUCAUAUGGGCAGUGCCUACACCACCAUUGCUGCUGAUGCCAUAGCUCGUUUUCAGAGGCUUUUAGGGAAGAGAGUUAUAUUUGUGACGGGAACGGAUGAGCACGGAGAGAAGAUUGCUGCUGCUGCAGCUGGUCAUGGUUCUAGCCCGAGUGAGCACUGUGAUGUUAUAUCUCAAGAUUAUAAGACGCUAUGGAAAGAUUUGGAAAUUUCUUAUGAUAAGUUCAUUAGGACAACUGAUCCCAAGCAUGAAGCAAUUGUGAAGGAAUUCUAUUCUAAGGUUCUUGCCAAUGGGGACAUAUACCGUGCAGACUACGAGGGACUCUACUGUGUCAACUGUGAGGAAUAUAAGGAUGAGAAGGAACUGCUUGAUAACAACUGUUGCCCCAUGCACUUAAAGCCAUGUGUUCAGCGAAAAGAGGACAAUUAUUUCUUUGCCUUGUCGAAAUACCAAAAGCUAUUAGAAGAAAUUUUGACAGAGAAUCCAAAUUUCGUGCAGCCUUCAUAUCGUUUGAACGAGGUGAAAACCUGGAUCAAUAGCGGUGUGAAAGAUUUUUCCAUUUCCCGUGCAUUGGUGGAUUGGGGUAUUCCAGUUCCUAAUGACAAUAAACAGACUAUUUAUGUCUGGUUUGAUGCUUUACUGGGUUAUAUAUCAGCUUUAUCAGACGACAAGGUGCAACCUAGUUUACAAAAUGCCGUUUCUUCUGGUUGGCCUGCUUCUCUGCACUUGAUCGGCAAGGACAUUUUACGUUUCCAUGCCGUUUAUUGGCCAGCUAUGCUAAUGUCUGCCGGGCUAGGCCUCCCCAAGAUGGUUUUUGGUCAUGGAUUUUUGACAAAGGAUGGCCUGAAGAUGGGAAAAUCGUUAGGAAAUACACUUGAACCAAAUGAGUUAGUUCAGAAAUUUGGGGCUGAUGCUGUCAGAUACUUCUUCCUUAGAGAGGUUGAGUUUGGCAAUGACGGGGACUACUCAGAGGACCGUUUCAUUAACAUUGUUAAUGCACAUCUUGCCAACACCAUAGGAAACCUUCUAAAUCGUACUCUUGGACUUCUUAAAAAAAAUUGUCAAUCAACUUUGGUGGUUGACUCAGCUGUUGCUGCUAAUGAGAACGAUUUCAGGGACACGGUCGAGAAGUUGGUUGAAAAAGCUGGGGUUCAUUAUGAAAGUCUCUCGUUAUCUUUGGCAUGUGAGGCUGUUCUAGAGAUUGGUAAUGCUGGGAAUGCCUACAUGGACGAACGAGCCCCGUGGUCUCGUUUUAAGCAAGGAGGUUCUGCUUCUGAAGCUGCUGCAAAGGAUCUUGUGAUUAUACUCGAAACAGUGAGGAUUAUGGCUGUUGCUUUAUCCCCCGUUGCACCAAGCUUAUGUUGGAGAAUAUAUGCGCAGCUCGGCUACUCAAAGGAUCAAUUCAGCACCAUAACAUGGAGUGAGACAAAAUGGGGUGGCUUGAAGGGCGGUCAGGUCAUGGCUCAGCCUAAACCGAUCUUUUCGAGAAUUGAGAACAAAACAGAAACAGAAGAAGACGGUGGAGCGUCAUCGGCCAAGAAGUUGGUUGAAAGCAAGGGUAAUAAACCUCAAGCUAAAGUUGCUGCAGAAGCUUAGAUAUCCCUAUAUAAUCUAUUUAUCUGUCAAAUUAUCAGUACAUAUGUUGUACGAAACUGAAAUGAUAAAUGAUAAAAUAAUUUAUUCUUACAUGAAUAAGUUAUAAAUAAAAUGCUUCUAAAAAGCCAAUUCUUUUGAAUAAUUUUGUAGAUUAAUCCAAUUUCUUUCUGUUAA